CUUUCCAGCCCCUCGGGAUGCCGAUCGGGUCCUGUGUUCUGCAGCCAACAGCAAUGGCUGAAUUUUCGUUUCUUUCGAUGUGGGCAGUCCGUCAGGUCCCUUUAGGCCCCAGCCGCUCCACUCUCACCCCCCGGGGACGAUGGGUCCGGUCGGUCCCCUCUGUUCUCUUCAGCACGGUUAACUAAUCACCCACCCCUCCUCCCUCAUAACCGAGCGCUCGUAGGUAUUAUUUUCCGUGGGUACGUCAUUGGACUCAUUCCGGUUUUGCGUCGCCACGGGUCGUCCUCCCUCAGCGUGGGAAAGAUAUUUCACUGAGCCCAUCGCCGGGCUGAACUGCCUUCAAUCAUACAUCACCCUUCCGCCAAACCACUUGGAACUCACUCACGCCCAGCAUGUCGCCCACAACCCGAAAAAUUGUCUGCUUUUCAGACUUCGAUGGCACCAUCUUCAUGCAGGACACGGGUCAUGUCCUGUUCGAUAACCUAGGCUGCGGCGAAGAGCGCCGCCGGCUGCUCGACGAACAGAUCAAGUCGGGCGAGCGCUCAUUUCGAGACGUCUCGGAGGAGAUGUGGGGCUCACUCCGAGUCCCUUUCGAAGAUGGGUUCAAGAUCAUGGAGAAGGAGCUAGAGAUCGACCCCGGCUUCCGGGAAUUCCACCAAUUCUGUGUGGCCAACGACAUUGAUUUUAACGUUAUCAGUGCGGGGCUCAAGCCAAUCCUCCGCAAAGUGCUGGACACUUUCCUUGGAGAGCAUGAGGCUUCCCGUAUCCAGAUUGUCGCCAAUGACGCGGAUAUCAGAUCCGACGGGUCCGAAUGGAAGCCCAUAUGGCGGCACGACACCGAGCUUGGCCAUGACAAGGCGCUAUCCGUCAAAGAGGGCCGCGCUCUCGCGGCGGAGAGUGCCUUGGGUGGGGAAAUCCCACUCAUCAUUUUCAUCGGAGAUGGCGUCUCUGACCUUCCGGCUGCGCGGGAAGCAGACGUGCUGUUUGCCCGGAGGGGUUUACGCCUGGAAGAAUACUGCAUCGAAAACAAGAUCCCCUAUAUCGGUUUCGAUUCGUUUUCGGAUGUCAAGAGAGAGGUCGAAGCCAUCAUGAAGGAAGACCAGCAGAAAACUGGCGGCGUGGGCAAACCCGCCCGGUUCAACCCUCGCGCAAACAUGUGGCGGCGCAUCUCCAGCAAGCAAGCUGUAAGUUGGAAUUAUUCAUUUGGCGGGCCAUUUUCAUGGCGCUUGUUGAUGCUAAUCUGUCACAGAUUCCACAGUUUGUUGCGGCAACUCCCUCGAGGGAGGAUAAGAUGUUCCUCUGGCCCGAGAGCUUCUCGGAAUAUCACCCGACGAGCCAGAUGAACAAUGUUCCCGCAUAGAGUUCUUCUUGUCUGUUGAUAAGUCACUUACCCACUUCGCAGGCGUUUGGUGUAGUGAGCUGGAUACCGGAUAUAAAGUAGAUUUAGAUGAUUAAACGUAAUAUAAAUGA